UAUGUCAGCUCCCAUGACAGCCCCACGGGAUCAGUAAAUGAUUAAGGAUAUCUAGAGGCAAAACCAUUUCACACAAUAUGAUUGGAGAUUUAGUAUCAGGUUCAGAAUCUUCAAAGCUUGUUCUUAUAGAAGAUUCUAUCGACUCCUGUGGAAGAAAUCUUCUGUUGUCUUACAUCAUAUCCCUGUCAAAUAGAAUAGACGAAAUUCACCUCAUUUUGUAUGAUGUCAGAGGCCAGGACACAUGUGAAGAAAUCAAGUCAUUAGGAAUUCAAAAUGUCAAAAUACAUGAUGCAUCAAAAGAUCUUCUUGGAUGGGAGAAAUCGCCUGGGCUAGGACUUCACACAGACAUCAAGGCAUACAUAAAAGAAAAAAUAUCACUUGGAAGCAAAUCUGUGGCAGUGGUUUUUGAUUCUCUGAGUCCUUUGUUGACACACAAAUCUCCUCCUUAUACAUGCAAGACUCUUCAUGGACUGGCUUUUUCUGCAGAUCUAGGGUCACAAGUUCAGCAGGUUGUUGGUUUAAUUCAUGGGGAUCUCCAUGACGACAACAGCUUCACUUUGAUUCAUCACACUGUUACAACUGUUCAUAGACUGGUUCCAACCUUAACAUCAUACUCAAUGUUUAGCUGCAAUACACUUCACAAGAAAGCCUCAGGAAAAGUAAUCAGAAUUAAAGAGAGUUUCAACAUAACAGAGGACUUUCGAGUCACAGGUGUUGCUGAAGUAAAGCAGCUAACUCAAAGUGUUCCUCAGGAUCAAAACCAGCUGGACCCUGCUGCAAAUCUCCCAUUCAAUUUAUCAUUGUCUGAAAAGGAGAAGGAGGCUAGAAGCCAAGUAGUUCUCCCUUACACAUACAACAAAGAAAGACAGGAAUCUGUACUUGCUAAAUCUGUUGGAGAAGGGAAGAUUUUUUAUCAACCAGAUGAGGCUGAUGACUUUGAUGAGGAGGAUCCAGAUGAUGACCUUGACAUUUGAACUUUUGUCCUUAUGAAUAUUACCUUCUGAAAAGAUUAUCUUAUCCAGUUAAACGAAAUGGGGGCAACAAUGCCUUCAGUAUAAUUGUUGUACAUAGACUCCUGAUAAAAUUUUGAAAUUGUAAUAGCAGAGCAAUACAUUCAUGGAGUGAGACAAUAAAUAAAUGCUGUUCCUUUA